UAUCGCUUUUCCUAGUUUUCUUAUCGGUGCCUCAAGUUUCUCGGAUGGCAUUUUAAAAUUAUACUUGUAGCAGAAACUUGCAUUAUUCAUAGCUUAAACUACAGUGUAUCUUCUCGAUAAUUCCAUUUUAGAAUCCGUGCCUAAUCACUUACCCAAUACUAUUGAGACACAAAUUUAGUCUCACCUGCGCCGUAUUUAUUUCCAUUAUUGAUGGCUUGAAUUGUUGACUAAUCGGCAACACUUGCCGUCACUUUUGACACGUGUAAUUCCUCGUAAUUUGAUAAAAAAAAGUGGAAAUCAGGAAUUGUUUUGAAUUUGUAUCGAAAUCGUGGCAAAGUUACGGACGAAAAUCAGGUGAUAAAAAUAGGGUUAAACAAGUUGAUCGUUAAACACUUGUUAAAGUUGUUACCACGUAUGAGUGAGCUCAAGUCUGGACGGGCGGAGCGAAAGCAGAAACUGCGGCUGAAAGUCUUUCGCACUCUCUAAACAGUGUCAUGGAAAUUUACUAAGAGACCGGCGAAGAGAACGACGUAGAUAGAUAGAGAAAGAAGGGAGUAAGGAAGAGCUUUGGGCUAGAGCAUCGUCAGAUCGUAAAUGGUGCGAGCGUAACUGCCCUGGCAAGGCGAACGGAUGCUCGGUAGUAGAUACAAACGCAAGUGAUUAACGCAAGACCUCGCCGCAACUCGUUAAACCCAGGGGUUGUGUGUAUUGCGUUAUAAACGCCCAGGAGCUUGAGGAGCUUACGAAAUACUCUCCGCGCCAUCCUUGUCUACACUGGAGUUCUCGUGGUCUUUACAGAUUACUAAGAACAGUUCCGGUGCUCAAUGUUUCAAGUUUAAUUGAAAAUAUCCGAGAGGAUAUAGAAAUAAGAGAGCAUUAUGGAGCGUUGGGGAGUGGUCAUAAGAACGUUUCUAUAUACAGUCCAGAACGAAUGACGUAGCAUUAGUAGGGAUAUUAUUAUUCCUAGUGUUAUACAUUAGGCCAUAAAGGAACGCGCAGUUACCCAAUGACGUGGCAGAAUCCCUUCGCGAAGCGUUCCUCUGGGAAAUAGGCUUUUCCGCGAUCUCGCUGAAGUCUCGGCGGCAGGUUCCCCCGCGCCACUGCAGUACCCCCGCACCGGACAACGUUUCGGUCAACGCGCUUCUAAAAAAUGGAUAGUGGGAGAAGCUCGGAGCUCAGAAGGUUGUGAGUGGUCGCCGCGUCAGCAUGGAUCUUUGCUCAAAAGGGAGCAGGCGGCAAUGUCUCUUCGGGGAGGAAGCUGGCCGAGUUAAAUCGAGAUCUUCGUGUAUAUUUCUCAGUUAAUACUAUAAACGUCGUAGGCGAAUUUAGAGUAGGUGCUUUGGUAUAUGCGCGCGGCUUGACUGCCGUUGAUACAUGGGCUGUUAAAGCUUGGGUCACCGUUAUCUCGAGGCAAACGACGACGGAGACGACGGCGACGAUGGCCAGAACGAGCGCGCAUAGAACUGUGGAGCAGCCCCCUCUUCUGGGCUUUACGCCUAAAGGCCGAUCUCGCAGCAUUAACGGAGCCUCCCUCGUAAAUAGUCCGCUUUGCAUCCGAAUGUCCUAUUUACCGCUUAAAUAAUAUUUAUGCUAAUGGUCGAAUAAAAAUUCAUUUAGUGCAAAAGAGUGUAGCGAAACGGUGGGUGGAGGUGUGACGUUUCUAACGGAGGAGCUUUUUUAUGGUUCAAGGAAGGGCACGAAGAGAGUCUCGUUCCGCUUGGCCAGGAGAGAUGAAAAUGAAGAGUGAGAGGAAAAGUUAGUUGGACCUGUUUGCAGAGCUCUUGUCUAUUUGGAGGAAAGAAAAAAUGACGAGAAAAGACGCGGGUGAAGAAGUCUCUCGCGGGAUUGCGGAGCUUGGUAAAUGCAGUGAACUUUGCACACCGAGGAGCAAACUACAAUGUCGAAAUUCUUCAUACUCAUUUUCGUGGCAAUCGUUGCUUCGGUAUGUGGUCAGCGGCAAUAUUUUGCACUUUGAAACCAGGAACGAAGUGAAUCUCUCCAAAGAAAAAUGUAUCCAUCAAAUAAAACAAACGUACGAGCACGCAGAAAAGCAUUUGAAAGAAGAUGCGACGAAGGGAGACGAGCUUUCGAGAUUGCAACACGAAGGAUUACAGGCUUUCCAUAAACUGUUAGAACAAGUAGAAAAUGGAGUCAUGGAACCCAACCGCAGCCCUGGCGAGCAUUCAUCCUGUAGCGAAGCGAUUCUAACCGAGUUGUAUCAUUUGGUCCAUUUAUACAUAAGAGGCUUCUAGUAGAAACGUGAAGCGAUUUUCCAACAGACACCCAGAAUGCCAACGUUAUUAUGAGUGCAAUACAAAACCACGAGAAACAAAUCACUAAAAUUAAAAAUGGAAAAAAUUUUAUGAUUUAAAUAAAAACGAAAAAUAUUCGACUUUGUCGUACAGUGUCGAGAAAUAAUAAAUAUGAAAAACUGUAACAAAAGUGUUUUAAUGAAACCGGUAAUUAAAGAUCACAAAAUCCA